AAGUGCUUGAGCGAGAAAUUGUCUCCCUAUCUUUUGACAUUGUCGUCGUUUGAUCUCUAAACGAGCCAUUACUUGCUCAUCAAAUCAACGUGCCGGUGAUAAGUUCAUUUCUUGACAAAGCUUCACGCGUUUGUGCCGGGCGGUGCGUAACUACUGCGAUGGCAGUCACGCUUAAUUGUAUGUCAAAACGUAUUAGCAUUAUCAUUUAAGUAAAAAUAAUUUCAUCUUAAAAAAGCAGAUUCAAAUUUAAGCCGUUUUUUUUAAUUAUACCGGUUUGACACUGGAACGGCUUUGCUUGACCGUUUUUUGGUGCCGUAUGGGUCGUAGGUUGACUGGGUCCGAAUGAGGUUGUGAUGUCACUGCCUUCAGAUUAGGCGACAGAGCUAGACAGGUAUAAGGUAUGCCUGCCCUGAACUUGUUGCCAACCAAUCACAGGGCAUACUGAAUAGUCACAAACAACCAUUUCCGUAUGUUUUUUUUUUUAAUGUGGUGGGAAGCCGCAGUUCCGGGAGAAAUCCGAACCGAAAUUCGAACCCACAAACUCUCAACCGUAGACCGUGGAUGAAAGAGAUUAAGUCAAAGGCCCAUUCGUCAUUCCCAGGGAAUGUCCCUAAGAUUCCCAUGUCGGUCUCCCAGAACUACUUAGGUUUUGUUUGAAUUUAGCGUAGCUUUUAAUAUCAACUGAGAGAGUGUGUGUGUGUUUUGAAGCCGGAAGAGGAGUCACUCAGGGGACAGUCGAUGAGUGGCGGAGGCAUGGCAAGCUGACGGCAAGCUCCCCUUGAAGCCCGACUGGGAUGUGGCAGAUGAUGUCAUGUCAUGUCAGCUUUGGCUCGGUGUCGAUCACCGGGGGAGAGUUUAGAUGUUGCAAGUCACCGGCAUUGUGUUUCCGAGCCAUUUGUUUCGGUUGUUACGCCGCUCCGGAUUGUCCUUCGGAUUUGUUGGACAUCUCAGUGUUUGCCGGGUGGAUCACGGGGGAGUUUUGUCAGACUUUUUGUCGACGUGACUCAUGUGCUUGUCUACACCUCCCUGGUGAAUAGCACAACAUUGCAUGGAGUUUGAUAUGGAACAGUUAUGAUGCAAGCAAAACGCAGUCCUCUGACUGUAUGAAAACGUUUGUAAUUGUAGUGCACAGUAUUUAUUUUGUUGAAGUUUGCCUUAGUUUCUUCUCUGAGUCCAACUGAAUGAAAUUCUUGAUCUUGUUCUUCUUGUUCUUCUCCUUGUUCUUCUUCUUCUUCUUCUUCUUGUUCCUCUUCUUUUUAUUCCUUUUAUUUUCCUUGAACCUUUUCCUCUUCUCAGUUUUCUUCUCAGUCUUCUUCUCCUUCUUCCACUUCUUCUUCUUGUUCCUCUUUUUGCUCCUUUUCUUCUUGUUCCUCUUGUUGUUCCUCUUCUUGUUCCUUUUCUUCUUCUUCUUGUUCUUCUUUGUGAUUGGAUUCUCUCUAAAUUAACUGCAGAGUUCCUGGAAGAAUUUUUGUCCUCAUCUCCGUUUGACACAGCAUUGCAUUGUUGUGCAAAGGUCAAAGGGACACCAACCGAGCCACACAAAGGAAAGCAUGACACUGAUAUGAGCUGCUAUCACAUAAAAGUAACCUUUUUAGCUUAUGGGCUGAGCCCCUCUCUUUCUCCUCUCGCUUACUUUCGCUCAUGCACGUACACGCACGCACGCACACAAUAACACAGACGCACACGCUCCUCUUCCAGUAUCGGCCAUCCCUCCGGCUGUAGGUGGAGCUGGAGCUUUCCUGGAAUUGUCGGGCAACUUUUCCUGUUGUGCUGGCUCCGGUCUCGCUCAAUCAGCUCUGCGGUGGGAUUCAGGGGAAUGUCGGUCUCGGGAGUCACAGCCGUGCUUCCCAGCCUGCCGACGAUGCCUCCUCCGCUCUGGUGGAUGUGAUUUUUUUUCUACCCGUUGUGGUCAAAGGUCUUCUUCCUUCUGCAGAAAUGAAUCGACGGUGCGAAACGGGGCGGAAUCCAUCGAUAGCUGAGCGGCUUCCCUGGAUUUCGCUGCCCUCUCCUCUUAGUUUGGCUUGAAGAUGGAAACAUUGGAGUCGGAGCUGACAUGCCCAAUUUGUCUGGAGCUCUUUGAGGACCCGCUUCUCCUGCCUUGCGCUCACAGCCUUUGUUCCAACUGCGCCCACCGCAUCCUGGUGUCGCACUGCACCCCCAGCGAGCCCAUCCAGUCCAUCCGCGCCUUCCAGUGCCCCACCUGCCGCUAUGUCAUCAACCUCAACCAACGAGGCCUAGAGGGACUCAAGCGCAACGUCACCCUGCAGAACAUCAUCGACCGCUACCAGAAGGCUUCUCUCAGCGGACCCAACUCGCCCAGCCAGCCCCGGCGGGAGCGAGCAACCCCAGAAGGCGGCGCCAUGACGCAGCCUGGAGAUCGGGUGCAGUGUCAGUUCUGCGAGCAGGAACCGCCCCAUGAAGCCGUGAAGACCUGCGUUACCUGCGAGGUGUCCUACUGCGACGACUGCCUCAAGGCCACCCACCCCAACAAGAAGCCUUUCACGGGCCACCGCCUCGUGGAGCCCCUGCUGGACUCCCGCAUGCGAGGGGUCAUGUGCGUGGAGCACGAGGACGAAAAGGUCAACAUGUACUGUUUGACGGACGAGCAGUUGAUUUGCGCCUUGUGCAAGCUGGUCGGACGACACAGGGACCACCAAGUCGCCGGUCUGGGAGACCGAUACGACAAACUCAAGCAUGCCUUGGACACCAACCUUAGCAAUCUCAUCAAGAGGACCAGUGAGUUGGAAACUCUGAUGGGCAAACUCAUCCAGACGUGCCAACACGUGGAGAUAAAUGCAUCCAGGCAAGAAAACAAGCUGCUGGAGGAGUGUGACCUCCUGAUCAAUAUCAUACAGCAGAGAAGGCAAAUCAUCGGUACCAAGAUAAAAGAGGGAAAGACGGUGCGCCUGAGGAAGCUGGCCCAGCAAAUCAGCAGCUGCAAGCAAUGCGUCGAGAGGUCCGCUUCCCUCAUCGCUCAGGCCGACCACACUUUGAAAGAGACCGACCCCUCUCGCUUCCUUCAGUCAGCCAAAAGUCUCUGCGAGAGAGUCUCCAUGGCAACGGCAUCCUCACAGAUCUUGCUACCGGAAAUAAACCUGAAUGACACAUUUGAUACUUUUGCUCUAGACUUCACAAAAGAGAAAAAAAUGUUAGAGAGUUUGGAUUAUCUCACAGCGCCAAAUCCGCCAGUAAUCCGUGAAGAAUUAUGCACGGCUUCGUACGACACCAUCACGGUUCACUGGACGUCAGAUGACGAAUUCACUGUCGUGUCCUACGAACUGCAGUACGCCAUCUUCACCAGCCACACCAAUGUUGUCAGUUUGUGCAAUUCCGCUGACAGCUGGAUGAUUGUCCCAAACAUCAAGCAAAAUCACUACACAGUGCACGGGCUCCAAUGUGGCACCAAGUACGUCUUCAUCGUCAAAGCCAUCAACCAGGCCGGAAACCGCAGCAGCGAACCGGGGAAGCUCAAGACCAACAGUCAACCGUUCAAGCUGGAUCCAAAGUCCGCUCACCGAAAAUUACGGGUGUCCCACGACAACCUGACUGUGGAGAAGGAUGAGACGUCGUCCAAAAAGAGUCACGGCCAGGACCGCUUCAGCAGCAACAGCAGCUACGGCGUCACCGGCAAUGUUUACAUCGACAGCGGCCGCCAUUACUGGGAGGCUCUCAUAGGAGGAAGCACAUGGUUCGCAGUGGGUAUCGCCUACAAGUCGGCACCAAAACACGAGUGGGUGGGCAAGAACUCGGCCUCAUGGGUACUGUCCCGCUGUAACAACUCGUGGGUGGCCCGUCACAACAACAAGGAGAACCCCUUGGAGCCCUCGCCCCACCUUCGCCGACUCGGUGUCCUGCUCGACUACGACUCGGGAUUUUUGUCGUUCUACGACGCCGUGGGCUCUCAACACUUGCACACCUUUGACAUCCCCUUCGCACAGCCCGUCUGCCCCGUGUUCAACGUGUGGAACCGAUGUCUCACUAUCCUCACUGGACUGCCCAUCCCAGACCAUCUAGAGGGAAGCGAGUCGAGCAACUGACUCGCUGGACGUUUUUUGUGGACGUUUUGAUAGGCACAAUAAAUGACUGUUUGUUUCUCAUGCAAUCUUUUUAAUAAGUUUAACAAUUUGCGUUUCUGAAAUUAUUUUCAGGCAUUUUACUUUGCACAUGUAUGUACAUUAUUCUGCUGGAGCAUUUUUAAAGGGGAUACCUACUGUUUUAAAUGACUAAAAUAUUUUAAAUAGGCUGCAAUUUUUUUUAAUUAGUCUUAAUUUGCGCAUUUGUAUCCAUGUGAUGGAAAAAUGUUUUUUGAGGAAUCGUCAUAGUUCGAAAGUUGAGGGCUGUGUGAUAAAUCUCUAUUUUUCAGCACUUUGAGGAGGAAAAAAAUGACUGUCACAAUAAAAUGUAUUUCUAAGUCA